AUGAACCAGUCUCAUGCCAACAGCCAAUACCGCUAUCACCAACAUAACGAAUCUGACCAGCCUCCACAAGGUGGAGCUGAAGGUUGUAACGCUGAAGUGCUGAAAACGUUCGAAAUGCAGGACGACUCAUCGUUGUUGUUUUGGGAAGGAGACCACAGCAACAACAACGUCAUUGACCAAGACAGUCUACAGAAUACUGAAGGCAAUUUAAUGGAUACGACCAAUCGCAACGUAUUACAAGCAGAUAAUUUACAUGGGGAAGGUUUGAAUGUUCCCACUACGGUCCGAACAUUGACAAGAAAUCAACAACAACAUCAGACGAAAACUUCCUCUGAUGAUUUCAAGACUUUCUUGGAUGCUUCUACUGAGCAUGGCAUGUCUUCAGAGUACAAUGCUACAGCGUCCCCUCGAGCCUCCUCAGAUGAAUCCUUGUUUACUCCUUCUGGCAACCGUCGUGCCACCCAGACUCCAAUGGACCAAUUUUUGCAAGAGUUUGAGAAAGAAUGCGACGGAAUGAAAAAGCGUCAACCGCACAAAGUCAGCCAGAAUCAACUGGAUAUCAGCCUUGUCCGUCAUGGACUGGACCAAUUCAUCACUCAAUUCGGCAGUCCAACAAAGGAUGUAACAGACGUGAACCCAAACGCUUCUGAUUGCAUUCAACCUUCUUCCAAGAAGCGUGACAAGAAAAAUCCAAGCGAUGAUCGCUUCAGUCAAUUUAUUCCUUACAUGGAUCAGAAGAUGCCGGCGAGACCCAGUGAAGAAGAAGCAGUUCUUACGCUCAAUACAGGAAUAGUUCCUAUGACUGGUGCUGGUGAUACAACCUCCAUUCCUAGUAAUCAUGUCUUUAGAGAUGAGAACUUGAGAACAAUGCACGAACUUCAAGAGAAUCCACGAAUGGUCUCGUUUCAAGACGCGCUGUCCUUCACAAACUCGAAUCGUAUCUGUGAUACAAUCGCCGUUCAAGAUCCCACCAUGAUAAUUCGUCCAGCCAAUGAUUCGGAGCAAGCCCUGGGCAUGGUCACUGACGAGUCUGUCUCUGAGGAGAGUGCUACAGAUGAUGCCCUUGCCGACUCGGCGUGCUGCUUGAUCCAACCUCUUCCUUUUCAUCUACCACACACUUUGGAAGGCAUGAAAGUGAAGGAAGAAGAAUCCAUGGCAUUGGAAGGACCCUUGUCCUUUGACGUCAAGGUUACUGGAAUGGACGCUCUGCAUCCUUUUGGAAACCUUUUUGCAAUAGAAGACUUGCAGAAAGACCUUCUCGGGUGUGACCGCAACAAGCGAUCUUUGGAGACGAAGGAUGACCUAUCGCAUCGAUUGAAGCGAGUCAAGUCCAGCCACGAUCCCCAAGAUGACCUCGACAUUGGCGCAAUCUUGGCCAUUGAGGAGAACAUGCUCGUAACGAAGGUAUCCGAGCAAUUCGUUUCCAAAAUUGCCACGUCUGAAACGAAGACCAAUAAGACAGAUAAUCCGAUUCGCAUCAAAUUCUCCAAGAAAUUCUCCAAGAUGUACAACCAAUGCUUAAGCUUUCGCGAGACUCAUGGACAUUGCGCAAUUCCGCUGGAAUUGCCAGAAAAUCCUGGUCUUGCGAAGUGGGCGAGGACCAUGCGUAUGGCUCAUUCUCGUACUGUACGAGGACUCGUAAAUUCCACGGCAUCCCUUUCCGAAAAGGAAAUCCUCGAGCUGAACAAAAUUGGUUUUUGCUGGAACCUAAAGGAGUACCAUUGGAAUGCUACCUUUGAGAGCCUGCGAGACCAACUUCGCGAGUGCGGUGUGGCAGGGGAUCGUCAAACCAGAUGGCUCAAGGCACAGCAGAAGAGGUUGGACGAGGACAAACUCAGAUCAGACCAAGCCCGAAAGAUUUUGAGUUUGCAAUCUGGUCCAUUCCUUGGUGUCUCCGCCACCACCCCGUUAAAAUCCACCUGGGUGUGA